ACCUGUCAUCUGUGACCUGCUCUGUGACCUGCUCUGUGACCUGCUCUGUGACCUAGUUUCUUACUGGACUGCAUGGAUUACCUCAGGACCUGUUGAAGUAACUACACGACUUGGAAUAAUGAGGGAUAGAGGGAGUCACGUGACAGAGGUUACGGUGGACAUGGCUAGAUGAGGCGGUCAGCUGAGGGGAGGAAAAUGCGAUGGUUGGACGGCAGCGUACAUGCCCUGGCGUGGACGGCCGUGCUGUUUCUACAGAGUAGGACGUCACUGGUUGUAGGGGACAAGAGUUAUCCUCCUGAGUUGAUGACGCACACCAAACGUUUUACUAAAAACGCGCUGGAGGUCCACGGGUUGGUCCAGAUCCGGCUGUCCCAGGAGACGAACGGCUCGUGGGUCGGGUACAUCGACAACUCCAUCAAGACCAAGGAUGACGUGGGUGCUCUCUACUACGUCGUCGCCGUUAUCUUCAUCUACGGCCUGUCCAUCGUCAUGAUGAUCGCAUCGCACAUACGGAAAAACAAGCAGGACAAUCAGCUGAGGACAUACUUAAAGGAGAUGGCGAAUCUUAGAAAAUCCGACCGACGGGAAAAAGUUCUCAGUAAAAUGAACGACCUCGCCAACCGCAGGAAAAAUCAAGAGGCUAUUGAGGCCAAGCAGAAGUUAGAAGAGAAACUCAAGGACAUCGGCGACAACGAGACGGACAAAAUGGCGGCGACAGCGAGGAAGAAAGACCCGGCUGAGGACAACACAGACUCCGUGUUCCUGCCCGCCGACUUUUGCAUCCCGCCCCUCCAGGGCAAGCCGGCAGACAGCGACAGACUGAGCGACAACAGCUCGUACAGGAAUCUCAGUAUCAGCAGCCGGGGGUCGGUCAGGAACAGCAGUACAGGAUCUUUUGCCCCCAGUAACGUGCCUUCAAACGUCAACUCCCCCUCCGAGACUCGCCCCAGCCCAACAGAACGAACCGGACCCAAGAGAGUGAGGUCCCCUAAUUUCCAUGACUACAGACGCUGGAAAAGAGCAGACAAUCGAGUAUUAAAUAUACCCGAGUGCAAGACGGUGAGAAUUCAGGAGGACAGGUUAUCUCCCUGUGAUCAGAGGUCAACGCCCCCAGACAGCCCCUCAAGCACAAGCGAGUAUCGAACUUCAGGUCGAAAGUGGCGAGAGAGAUCGCCUACCAGCCAUGAUGCCCGGCCAUCGAAGUGGAGCAAGCAAAACAACCUUCACCCGAACAGGGGUCAUCGUCUGUCAGACGGCAAGGUCAAUGAGCUCAAACAAAGUUUUCCCGCCAGUUUUCACAUCGUCAAUGAAGACGCCGUUUUAUGACAACAGCAUUUGGCGGUGCUUAGUUGAUUUCCGGUCGUCGAGCGCACGAGGUUAGGCCAAGUCCCUCUCGUUUCGUAACACAGCAAACACGGCUUUAAACUUAAACGGGCAGGCCUUUCAUAAAAAAAAAAGUGCGGAUCGCCUUAACCCAUUCGUUGUCGUGAGGGCACAGCAGACUUCUUUUGAAGAGAACUUGCGAUUCCAAGCUACCACACCAGCUGCGAACAACCUUAUGUGAUUCAAUAUUUGUCAUUUUUAAGGCAUACAAUCAAACGUUAUCCAAAUUUGUGAGACUUAAGUACAAUCACAGAACCGUUUACAACCAUCAGCACAUUGUAAACAAACAACAUUCUGCGAAUAUUCACAUGUAUUUUUAUGCGUAAAUGUAUUUUGGUGACUGCAGUGAUGUAAAAAGAAGAAAAAAAAAACACCUCAUUCUUCUCGAUAUUGGGGACGAUAUAAUUUUCUGUCAAUAUUCCAUGGACUAGUAAAUAUUUCAACAGAAGCAGCGUCCGUUAUAAAUACAAACGUCCGAGCUGGAUUAGAGUUUCAGUAUCCGUGUAUCGAUUUGAAUGAUAUCGUAAACAUUGUAUAUUGUAUACAGUUAGGCUUGGAUCAAAUUGCGCACGAAUAUAGUUCGUAUCCUUUACCUCAUUUUGUGAACAUAAAUGUAUUUUUGUCUUUGUUAAAGCAAAUUAUUAUGAUGAAGAUACCAUGUUGGUCUACGGUGUCAUCCAUAAAUGACGUCACGCUUUUUGGAAGAUUUUUACACCCCCUCCCAACUUCAUUUUUUAAAACAUUAUUUCUUUCGAAAUUGUUGACUAAAUUCGGUUAACGUUGAGUAUUUGUAUCCAUUUCUUUACAAUUAAAAAAAAAAGAAAGAAAAAUGUUAUUAAAAAAUGCGAAAUAAUGGCUAAAAAUUCAGCUUCUAAAAUUACCUUUUUUUUCAAAUGCGAAGGUGUGACGUCAAACUACCUGAACACCCUCCCUCCCACGUGUCUGUCUAUUAAUUUUCACAGGAAAAGUUAAUUUUUUUUAAGCACAGUUCCUAUCAAUCCCCAAAGGAAUAGCAAAUAUUUUUUAGGCAAAAUGUGUCAUUGAUGCCCAUACGACCAUCUUAUGGUAAUCUUGUAAAUUGUGAUUGUCGGGAUUAUAAAAAUGUCAAUCACACUUCUAUUUUAUAAUGCUAAUAUUUAUAUUAAUAUUGCUAUCAAUUGUAUUUACGAACAGUAUAAUUAAAGAAUUUUAAGUCUGCUAGCUUGAUUUUACAACAAGACAAUUGUUUCCUUUUUU